AACCGCGCGUGAUUUCCAUGGGAACGUCGUCACGCAAAAGGAAAUUACCGGGUUUGCUUGGUCAGUGGGCUUGGUUGGUUGACAGUAAUCUUGCUAUGGCUGCAAAGGGACAAAAGAGGGCUGACCCUACUGAGCUGAAAGCUAUUUUCAUAAAGUAUGCCAGCAUCCAGAAGAACAAUGAGGCCUUCAUGUCUCCAGAGGACUUUGUGGCCCGGUUUCUCUAUGCACACACUGACAUCAGGCUGUCUGACGAGGCCACCUCACUGCUGGCUGGGGUGGUGGACCAGAAGAAAGAUGGGUUGAUCUCCUUCCAGGAGUUUGUGGCCUUUGAGUCGGUCCUCUGUGCCCCAGAUGCUCUCUACGUGGUCGCCUUCCUGCUGUUCGACAAGACGGGCAAAGGAGCAGCCACCUACGAGGAUGUGAAGCAGGUCUUCAGCCAGACCACCAACCAUCAGCACAUCCCCUUUAACUGGGAUUCUGAGUUCAUGCGGCUGCACUUCGGCACGGAGAGGACCAAGCACCUCAGCUACGGAGAGUUCACCCAGUUCCUCCUGGAGAUGCAGCUGGAACAUGCACGGCAGGCCUUUGUUCAGAGGGACAAGGCCCACAGCGGCUCCAUCUCCGCCCUGGACUUCAGGGACAUCAUGGUCACCAUCCGGCCCCACAUGCUCACACCCUUUGUGGAGGAGAGCCUGGUGGCGGUGGCCGGGGGCAGUACAUCUCACCAGGUCAGUUUCUCCUACUUUAACGGCUUCAACUCUCUCCUCAACAACAUGGAUCUCAUUAGGAAGAUCUACACCACACUGGCUGGGAGCAGUAGAGUCCUGGAAGUCACUAAAGAGGAGUUCAUCAUUGCAGCCCAGAGGUUUGGUCAGGUGACUCCAAUGGAGCUGGACAUCUUGUUCCAACUGGCCGACCUCUCUGAGUCCCGUGGCCGUGUUGGUCUGGUGGACAUUGACAGGAUUGCUCCGCUGGAGGAGGGGGCCCUCCCAUACAACCUGGCCGAGGUCCAGAGACAGCUGUCCGGUGGUGAUCCAUCCCGAUCUGUUCUCAUCCAGGUAGCAGAGUCCGCCUACAGGUUUGGCCUCGGCUCCAUCGCCGGCGCUGUGGGAGCCACAGCAGUUUACCCCAUAGACCUAGUGAAGACCAGGAUGCAGAACCAGAGGACCACAGGCUCCCUGGUGGAAGAGCUCAUGUACAAGAACAGCUUGGACUGCUUCAAGAAGGUUCUGCGCUACGAAGGCUUCUUCGGCCUCUAUAGAGGUCUGGUACCACAGCUACUGGGUGUGGCCCCGGAGAAAGCCAUAAAGCUGACAGUGAAUGACUUUAUCAGAGGGAAGACCAGACAGAGAGAUGGAUCAAUCCCUGUACCUGCUGAGAUCCUGGCUGGUGCAUGUGCGGGUGGAUCCCAGGUGAUCUUCACCAACCCUCUGGAGAUUGUGAAGAUCCGCCUACAGGUGGCUGGAGAGAUCACCACCGGCCCCCGUGUCAGCGCCAUAUCUGUCAUCAAGGACCUGGGUUUCUUUGGUCUCUACAAGGCAGCCAAAGCCUGUUUCCUGCGAGACAUACCUUUCUCAGCCAUCUACUUCCCCUGCUAUGCGCACGUCAAGGCCUACAUGAGUGAUGAGGAUGGGAGGAUCGGACCAGGCAAGCUGCUGUUUUCAGGGGCCAUAGCAGGCAUGCCCGCGGCCUCCCUGGUGACCCCCGCCGACGUUAUCAAGACCAGGCUACAAGUGGCGGCCCGUGCCGGCCAGACCACGUACACCGGUCUCGCUGACUGCUUCUGGAAGAUUCUGAAGGAGGAGGGACCACGGGCCUUCUGGAAAGGAGCGGGAGCCCGAGUGUUCCGGUCCUCGCCCCAAUUUGGGGUCACCCUGGUGACCUAUGAACUCCUGCAGAGGUGGUUCUACAUUGACUUUGGCGGACAAAAGCCGUCUGGUUCGGAGCCGACUCCCAAGUCUCGCAUCAGCCUGCCGGCGCCCAGCCCCGACCACAUUGGAGGUUUCAGGUUGGCCGUGGCCACGUUCGCUGGCACCGAGAGCAAAUUUGGACUCCAUCUCCCAAGAUACCGUUCAAUUAACCCCCCGGCCCAAGAAGGACGCCCCUUGAAUUGAACCCCCUCUGCCCACACAUAGGGGGCAGAAUAGAGCACACGUGCAAUCAUUACACCCUCUCCCUCCCACCCCCAGCUAGUCGAGCACUUGGAAUAUUCCACCCGAAAGAGAAGCACAUUGUGAGUAGUAUGAUCUGCCUCUCUAGGCUUUAAAGAUAAAUAUGUGUCUGUUUUAGUUGAUGAUAAUUUUUUUAACCUAUUAUGAUCUUCAGAAAUGUACCUUUCUACAUCAUGGUCUAGAAACACAAAAACGUUGUUUUAGCUUCUGUUUUAGUCUUAGCUACCCGUAAAGAUGACUUUUUGAGUCAGUCUUAUUGUGAAGAUCAAGUGAUAUCUACAGUACUGACAAUGUGUGUCUAGAGUAGUGUUCCAGUUUGUCUUUUCAUACAGUAAUAUGCACAGUAGUGGAGGGGCUGGCCAUGACUUGAAUUAGACCUGGACUGCUUCCUUUCAUUACAUCAUCACUAAGGCCGGGACUCAUUCAAAAGUGCAUUGUCAACAUGUGCAUUGCACUUACUUUUAAAGGUCAUUUACACUUGAGCCGACAUGUACCGUAUUUACCAUGAAGGCCAUCUCUUUAAAAAGACACUUGACAGUACAAUGUGCUCGUCUACAACGUGCCUUUGAUUGAAUCUUGGUCUAACCAUCACUUUAUAUGAUGGUGCUUUUACUGUCUUCCACCUGAGAGUCUGAUAAAUACCAAACAGAAUGAGCCCUAUCCGCAGGAUGGGGAUAGUAGCACAAGUACGCACAUCCGAAUGACGGUUCUACUGUACAUAUGAAUGACGGUUCUACUGUACAUAUGAAUGACGGUUCUACUGUACAUAUAAAUGACGGUUCUACUGUAUACAUAUGAGAAUGGAACAGAGACACAUCCGAAUGACGGUUCUACUGUACAUAUGAGAAUCGAACAGAGACACAUCAAAAUGACGGUUCUACUGUACAUAUGAAUGACGGUUCUACUGUACAUAUGAGAACGGAACAGACACAUCUGAAUGACGGUUCUACUGUACAUAUGAGAAUGGAUCAGACACAUUUGAAUGACGGUUCUACUGUACAUAUGAGAAUGGAACAGAGAGACACAUUUACAUAUUGAUACAGUUCACCAAGCCGCUUUUUGGAUACUGAGAAGAAACUAAUAAUCUUGAUCUUGAACUUCAUUUGCGAGAAAACAUAAAAGAUUGACCAACCAAAACGCUUGAAUGUAAUAUACUGUUCACUAUUACCACCACUUGCACAAGGUAUUACUACUACACCUACUAUGGUAUUGUAGUGACUGUCUGUUAUCCUUAGUUGUCUCAGUCAGAUCAAACUGGGCGUGUGUUGUAUACAUUUCUAUUUAAAGAAUCAUCAGGGUACAACAGAGCAGGGGGAGAGAGUAGAGCGAUGUGGGGUAUUCCAGAAAGCAGGAUUAUGAAAUUAUCCAGUUAACUUUGAUAAACAACCACAUAUUAUUUUCAUUUGUAUACUGGUUGUUGUUGCCGAGUCAAUUAUAUCUUGUCAAUUUGAAGGGCUUUAUUCAAUCCAUAUCACAGUUCAGCUUUAAAGCGAGAUUGACAAUUAAAGGCAAUGUUCUUGUGGUCACAGCGACUGCAUUCAUCGUAAACGCUGCGUAUGUCGGCCCUAUCACAAAUUACCUUUACAUUUCUAGUACGCAAUCUGUAACGCUUCAGCAAUACAGACUGAACAGAGCCCUAAGUCUAUAUUUCUCAAAAUAUCUCAUUAUUUUAAGCAAUGUUGGACAGUUAGCUGGCUAACGUAUUUAUCCAGCUUUCUGGAACAGCCCAAUGGUGUCACGAAAGACAUCCGGAUUUAAACUCGUACAGUACAGGAGAGAAGUAGAAUAUGGUGUGAUAAUUGUGCCUUACUGUAUGCAUGGCAGCAAUAUGUAUAUGUACUAAUGAAAUUAAACGUUAGUGAACAAA